AUGUCUACCCCAACCGUAUUCAUUUCUGGCGCCUCAAAAGGAAUUGGACUUGCUGUCGCAGCCGUCCUCCUUCGUAAAGGCGUGAACGUUGUUGCAUUCCAACGAUCUCGAACCCCAGAACUUUUGGCUCUGGCCUGCGAUAAGCUGCUCAUCGUCGAUGGUGAUGUCACUGAUACCGCGGCCAUUACCAACGCCGUUGAUCAAGCACUGAAGACUUUUUCUAGUCUUGAUGGGCUAAUUCUCAACGCAGCCACCCUUGAACCUCUUUGUCGCAUUGGGGACAGGACAGUCGGACUGGAGAAGUGGAAAACCCAUUUUGAUGUCAAUUUCUUUUCGCUCGUCGAUGCCCUGCAAGCCGCCCUUCCUUCUUUACGCGACAGCAAGCACGGAGGACGUGUCGUAUUCGUCAGUUCUGGCGCUGCUACUAAAGGUACAGCAGGAUGGGGACCAUACAACGCGUCAAAAGCGGCGAUGAACUCACUUUGUCGGACUCUGUCGGAAGAAGAGCCAACGAUCACUUCCGUCGCUCUACGGCCAGGCAUGGUGGACACGGCGAUGCAGGUAGCUCUCAGAGAAACUGGAGCACCGCAUAUGUCCGCCAAAGACCACGAAAAGUUUGUUUCAGUGCAUGCGAAUGGAGAAUUGCUCAAGGCCGAGGACCCCGCUCGAGUAAUUGCAUCUUUGGCAAUCUCGGCGCCAAAAAGCAUGAGCGGCCAAUUCGUUAGCUGGGAUGCCGAUGAGUGUGCGCUAUUUAGAGAAGCUGUCUAA